AAUAUGGCGGAUGGUGUGGGAAAUUUGAACGAGAAACUAGAUGUUGCUUUGCUGGAAUUUUUUGAAAAACUUGAAAACUUAGAGGUUGUACGCAACGAUUUAACAAGUACGAUGCGAAAUGGCUUUCUGUUGAUGUCCAAGGCUCGAUAUUCUAUGGGAAAUAAGUCUGUGGGUGAGCUGCAGUAUGCACGAAAUAUGAAGGCCUCUACCCUGGUGAUUGAACGAGAUUUCCAGUCGAGAAAUGAGGACGAAGACGAUGUAGAAACGGAUUUAAAAGGGUUUGAGGUUGUGUUCGACCUGGAUAAAGCAAAAAAUGAGAAUGAGAGAGGGGGAGAUGUUGUGGAAAAUGAGAAACCUGGCUUGCGGCAAAGGGUGACUGGUAAAGACCAGAGGGAAGAUUUGAUGGAAGAUGAUGAGGACAGAGCAAGGAAGGGUGGAUUCAUGGAUGGAAAGAAGACCACCGACCCACUCAAAUGGUUCGGGGUACUGGUGCCAACCUCGUUAAGGGAGUGCCAAAGGGAUUUUAAGACAGCUUGUCGUUUGUCGGGUGAGGCUGCACAAUUAGAGCAGGAACUGGACACAAUUAUCAAUGAUUAUGCUAAGUUGAAAGAGGAAAAGAGAAGACUUCAGAAUCUGAGUGUAAAUACAGAUGAAUAAAAUAACCUUUGCUGUAUUCAAUAAAGGUGAAAAUACAGUCUUUGGAAUGUCAUGUACUUUUGAUCUUGGGGUCUGCAAUGCUUUUUUCUAGAAGAAAGCCCUCAUCCUUGUACUUUUCAUUCUAAAAAUUAAU